GUUGCAGUCGCGGUUCAUUUCUUGCUCUGCCCGCCCAGUCAGAAAGUGCUUUGGUGUCCAGUGCCCUUCCACUUGCUUACAUUCUGUGUCCUGUCGUGUCUUAACUUAGAAUCAGAAACCUAUAUUUUUUUAAGCAGAAUCUCAUUCUUUUCUUGUUUCCUCCGUCUGGAAAUUUUAAGUCAUGUGGAACAUUCGGACUUUGUCUGCGUUCAUCGUGGUGGUGACAUUUUCGGUGCCUGCUUAUUCUUCUGCCCUUGAGACACAAGAAUGUUCACUGAUGACACUUCCCAGUGGCAUGAGACUGCACUGUCCAGACCCGAAAGAACCGGAGAAGACUGAUUGUUGCUAUGACAAAGAGACACCAGUGUGUUGCCUCAUGGACAAGGAGGGCCAAAAGCUGGUGAUGAUAGUUGCUUUGUCUGUCAUAAGCUCCUGUUUUAUACUGACAGUUUUGGUCAUAGUCUGUUGCUUCUGUCCCAAGUGUUUGCUUUAUGAUGCCUGCCGAGCAAAAUACACACGAGGAGAAAUUAUUGCUUACACAAAAGAAGAAGAGAUGGCUUUGAAUUCUACUAUGCCGUAUGAAGACCAAACUGAGAAAUCAAGUUACAGCACCCAAACUAUAAAAAUCAAACCAAUAGCUGAUGUAUGAACACUGCGGUUCUUUCAUAUUGUUUUGUAAUGGUUUUGUUGAAGCUGAGUCUGGGUACUUGAACUCCCUCCAUUCCCUCCAGUGUUAUUUUAUUUAUUUUUUCUUUGUCAGUAUUCCUACUAAGUAACUAUUUAUUUUUAUUUCUUGAUUCUUUAAUUUUUACUUCUUUGAUCUCUUAUUCCCUUUUUAUUUUUUUGUCUGGUAGGGAGGUCUGUAUUAAUAAUUUUUUUUCACAAUGUAAUUAGCUAUUUAUCUUCAUGUCUAAAAUAUUGUGUCUUCUGUGGCAUGUUUUACUGGUUUUACAUAUAAGGACUGUGCAUCAAGUCCACUAUACAAUCAUUAAUCUGGUGUGCAUUUGAUAUGGUUGUGACAUCUCCUGGGGCAUGCAUUUUAAUGCUCUUCUCCAUAAAUUUUCUGUAGUUUAAUGCAGGCUUGCUUUUGUAUUCGUUUUUGACACCAUGAAACAAUUUUGUACAAUUUUUAUCUCUACUGUUAAAUUAGAAUGUAAACUCAGACCCCACAACUGUGUGACUUCCAAGCUUUGGAACUUUUUUCCAAAGCAACUGAAGUCUUAUUGCAGUAUUCUAUUUUGUAAGUGGACCUAUGCUUUGGAGUUUAUAUUGAGGUUUAUCUUAACAAAACCUCUGAGACUUUUUUUGUCCCUUCUCCAAAGCCUCCUAAACAUAUUUUUCAUACACAAUGAGUUAGUAAGCUAGCUCACGAGUCUGCUUUUUUGUAUCCCUCUAGUAUAAGUAAUGGAAACUUGUGUUCACCUUCAUUGGAAGGCUUUUGCAAAGUUUGAUAAGCUAGACAUAAUAAUCUGCCUGGCCUGAGCUUAUAUUCGUUAUUAUUAUGUGAUGUCUUCUGAAAAAGAAACAUUGUGAUUGUAGAUGAUAUAGUUGUAAAGAAUCAUAUGUAAUUUUUACUUGGCAUGAAAGCCUUUUACUUUUGUAAAUUUUUGUAUUGUCCAGCCCAGUUCUUGCCUACAUGAAACUUUGUAUGUGAAACUUUUAGUGUAAGUUCUGUGCAGCUGUUCUGAUAUCUGUCAGAUGUUGCUGUUUCUAGUCAAGAGUAAGUUGGUACAAAAACGUUUUCUAUGCAUAAGGAUCAUUUAAUGAGCAAAAUAGUUUUAAUUUUCUCAGCCUAAGUUUGUUAUUUUAACAACUUCACACUGCAUGCAAUGUCCAAAAUCACUUUUCUUUUCAUCAUCUCAAGAAAGCAGCUAUAGCUUCUAUAUUGAACUCAAUUUGCUUUGUCGCCUUGUACUAUAACAGCCAAUAUGUUUUGUUUAAAAUGUAGUCGUCCAAAUCUCAGUACUCAGCUUCAGUUGAGUACACGGCUGAUUUUAAUUUAGUGUGGACGUGCCAAAUCCAGUUAAUGUAAUGGUAUUAUGAGCUGCACAUGUAAUUGCCAAUGAGUGUUUAGGGCAACAUUUUAGUGCCAAACUUGUACCGUCCAGGGUCUCUGAAGUAGUAGUGCUUCAACUUCUUCAACCCUUCAGUGUUAAUGCUUCUUUUUGAAAUAAAACAAUAACCAACGUAA